GAGCUCGCAGGAACCUAUUGCAAUCUAUUUUCCUUUCUUCCCUUUUUAUCUUAUUAUUAUCAUUGUCUCUUUCUCUUUUUCUUUUCCAUUUUACCUUUGCCUUUCCUCGUCAUCUGUCCGAAGCUCCCAACUCCGAAGGUGCCUUGGCACUUAGCCUUGGUGAAUAUCUCCUGUCUGACGGAUACUUCCUCGCCUGCAAUUUGUUCGCGAGAUAUAUCUUUUGGAUCGUUUCUCAGUCAGAGCUCAGUGUCUGAAACCUGUCUUUUAAGAUGGAUACACUACUAACGGCUGAAAUCGUGGCCAAUUCCCCUCGGUUCCGAAGGAAAUCAUCGACAUUCGUUGAUGCCAUUCAUGAUUUGCCAGAGAAGGCCGAUUUGGCACCAGCUCAGCUGUAUAGCACGGAGUCUGGUCGACUUUUCCAUUCUGGAAGGAUUGUAAUUAUUACUGUAGGCUUACCAGCGAGGGGCAAGACACAUAUUUCAGUAGCAUUGGCGCGCUACCUUCGAUGGCUAGGUGUAAAAACCAGGAUCUUCCACCUUGGAGAUUAUAGACGAGCCACGAUCCCCGUUGGUCAAGACAUCCCAGAUGACUACUUUUUUGUCAAUGCAUCUGCAUCAUCGGUUCUAUUGAGGCAAAAGAUCAUGAAAAGGUGUCGUGAAGACAUAUACCAGUACCUGAAUUUCGAAAAUGGCCAAAUUGCGAUCUAUGAUGCCGUCAAUCCUUUAGCUUCUGGCCGACGAUCGCUCGCGAAGGAGUUUGCCAAACAAGAUAUUGAGACGCUUUUCAUCGAAUCAUGGUGCGAUGACGAGCGCAUUAUCGAGGAGAAUGUUCGCAGAGUCAAGAUCUCAUCCCCCGACUAUGUUGGCUGGUCAUCAGAGGAUGCGGUGAAACACUACUUGACCAGGAUAUCUGCCAGAAUCCCUCAAUUUCAAACCAUGGAGGAGAAAGAUUUGAAUUACAUCAAGAUGAUAAACGCGGGAGAAAGACUGAUUGUCAACAAUAAAAGUUUCGGUUAUCUAUCUAACCGAAUUGUAUUCUAUCUUCUCAACCUUCACAUCAAGUCCAGGCAUACGUACUUUGCACGAGCCGGUGUUUCGUUGGAGGCAGAUUCCUAUAAAGCCGAUGCGUCUCUGUCUGAGCAGGGAGAGGACUACGCAAAGAAAAUGACUGAACGUCUCCUGCAGCAUAGGGAAUCUGAAAGACAGGCCAUGAUUGACCGAGGAGAGACGGAUUAUGAACUCAAACCACUAACUGUUUGGACAUCCACGAGACGCAGGACGGUUGAGACAGCGAAAUAUUUAUAUGAAAAGGGGUACAAAGUCCGGCAACGCUCACAAAUGAGCCAACUGAACCCUGGUGUUUGCGAGAAAAUGUCUGAGCGAAGAAUUCGCGAAGAGUACCCGGACGAGGUGGCUAAGCAUGAGCUCGAUCCUUACCACCAUCGGUACCCGCGAGCGGAGUCCUACCAUGACCUUGCGGUGCGACUCGAACCCAUCAUUUUGGAACUUGAACGGGAGCAGAAGGAUCUUCUCAUCAUAGCUCAUGAAAGCGUACUAAGAGUCCUCUAUGGUUACCUCAUGGCGUGCAAUGCUGCUGAUAUUCCGUUCUUGGAGUUUCCACGUGAUGAAAUCAUCGAAAUUAUCCCGGAAAGCUACCAAAACGAGGCGCGCAGAAUACACAUCCCUGAUUUGCCAAAAGAAAUUAUACCUGGCUCUCCGCAAGAUAUCAAGAUUCCGGUACCUCCCAGUGGGGUGCCGUCUCCCUUGGUUGGAGGAAUAGGCAGUCCCAAGGAUGGAUUUUCAACACCACAAAGCGGCCUUCGAACUCCUCGUGAGCCGGAGAGGAUAUCGCAACAGCAUGUGGACGAUGUUGUCUGAUCGUAUGUUCGGUCUGGACUCAAAUGCUGCGCGGUAUACAAUUGACCUUAGAUCAUGUCGAGUGCAUGGAAAUGAUGAUUCUUAUAGAGCGCAUGUAGGCUUCCAGGCGGAUCUAUCCUCCG